AUGGGGAAUGAAAGGUUCGGUGGCCAUUUCUUUCCAGGGUUAUACAUUUUCUUUUAUGGAUUAUAUCAGGCAAUAGUGGUCUCCAAGACCAUGAUAGCUAAUGACUCUCCCGUUCAUCUUUCAAACCUUCCCAAGAAUCAAAAGAGAUGUUCCAAGCUGUGGAAAAUAGCUUUUGGAGGCUGGCUGAAGAUAGUGACUGGCUCCCUCUUAACAUUUUAUGUGGUCUUCUGUCUGGAUAAUGGGAUGGUACUGAUCAACAAAGAGACACCACCAAGGUUUAUGUACCCUCACAAGUGGCAGCAUCUCACUGUGUUCAUUUUCCUCAUCCUUGAUGGCUGUGUCGAUGUCAUGAGCAAGAAUGUGCUGAGGCAGAGGUGUGUGGUUCUAGAAAGAGGUUCCAUGGCCCUGGGCAUCUACGUGCUCCUGCUGCUGCUGUUGUCACAUGUUCAGGUCUCAUCAAAGGUGGAGCUGCAGGUUCAUUCUCUUCUCAUCUUAGUAGUGUUCCUGCUGAUGCUGGUGUUGACUGCAGAGCUGUGGGCUAAUGGGUCCUUUUGCCUCCAGCUGAUCAAGAACUUCCUGUUUCUGAUGAUGGGCUCGUGGCUGAUGCAUUCAGGCUUUAUUCUGUUUAGACCGAUCUCUGGCUACCCAUGGAAGGAUGACGACAUCAUGUUUGUCACUACCUUCUUCUGCUGGCAUGUGAUGAUCAAUGCCUUAUGCCUGUUGGGAGUCUAUGGCUUCUCUUCCUUUUGGCACCGUUGUUACUGUCCCAGCUUGAGACUGAUAGGGUCCAAGGAAGUACUGUAUCUUGAGAGCUCAUCAGGAACGUUUUACAGGCUGCUGCCGGAGGCAGAGCAGCAGGACAAGGAUGACCAGGCUCUUCUCCUUUCAGAGAGCUCUUCCUGUGGCAGAGCUUAG